UUGUUUUCGUUGGCGACAGAGCGUGCAGACGACUUUUUGCACCCGGCACUCAAGCUGAGCGCCAAGCGGACAGUUGGUGUCUGUCGGCCGUGGUCUGUGCGUGUGGCAAGAGAUUGUGUGUGUGCCUUUACUACAUCGUCGACGCUAACAUCACUGAGUUUCUAGAGACAUCCCGGCAAAAUGGCUUCCUCAGACGGUGAUGUGGAGCAGCUGUCCAGGAAAGUAGUUCAGAUGUGCGUGGAAAAGGCCGCUGGCGGCAAGAAAUUGUCAGAGGCAGAGAAGAAGCAGGUUAACAACAAGGCGGCCACCAAGGUGUUCCAGGACACGCUGGGAAUGAGCAAGGACGACUGUCGCGCCGCCGAUAUUGCCUUCUCCAAGUAUUGCCCCAAGGGCAAGAAGGACAUAGACCUGGAGACCUUCAUGACCAAGAUGUUGCCGGAAAUGGCGGCGGAGGCCCUGGCCAAGAAAGGCGGGAAGAAGAAAGAACACAGCGACCCCGCAGUGCAGGAGAAGCUCGCUCAGUUCAAGAGCAAGAUGGCCGCCAAGUGCAAGGAAUGGGAAAGCGCUCCUACAGGUGGCGGCGAUGCUGAUGUGGUCAAACGGCUGACUGAUUCCAGUCAGUACACCGGUUCACACAAAAGCCGUUUUGACGAAUCCGGCAAGGGCAAGGGCAUUGAAGGCCGCAAGGACAUUGUAGACAGCUCCGGGUAUGUCGGGGACUACAAGAACGCGGGUACCUACGAUAAGGCACACAAGAACUAGCACAGAACAAGUCAGCGGGUUAAGGGAAAACGAGGAGCUUUGUGAUCUUAUAAUCAGUCUCUAACAGCAGGGCAUGGCACUGCGGGAGGGGUUUGGCAAAGGUUUGUGCCAAGAACCGUUUACUAUCUUGUAGACAUUUUAUACGUAUUUAUUUCCAGCAACAAGACAGUCAACAUAUGCAAUCCUCACUAGGUAUGAUACGAAACUUAGGGCAGCUAAGUCUGCUGUUUUGCAGAAAAUCUUGUUGAGAUAGGAAAGCCCUGGUCAAAAUGUGGUCAGGUGAGAGUCCAGGUUGACAGUGGCUGCGAUGGAGUUUCCUCGGUGACCUUUGACAGUAUAGACCCGUAGAAAGGAUGGAUGUCACUGCAGGGGAGAUAGUGUUCUUGUGUUUGUACCACCUAACUGCACUGUGCUUAAAAUGUUAGCACCUGUUAGUUCAUAGCUGCUAUGGUGUCAACAGAACAUAAUUAGUAUUUUUAGUACAAAACCUUUGCGUCAGUGGUGUACAUCGUCUUAGGUAUUAGAACCAACGUAUAGGCACAUGUAUUAUUAAAGUGUACAGGUAAACAACCUCUGAUUCUGAAAUGCUUGAGAGCCAUGAGUGGCUCGCUCUACAUUCCCCAAAUAGCAAGCUUGUUCGCAACCACGAAAAGAGUCAAGAUAAACCCAAAUAAUUCACAUUCUACUAACUGUAACAUUCGGCAAACGUGUACUUACAGCCAUGACCAAUCCUUCUACCCCAGAGUACAAUUAGACCACAUCGUCCCAUUUUGAAAACGAAUUCCUGAAGUUGAAAAAGAUCUUUUGGUCUGAAGGCUUUUCGUUACUCGGCCAUGUGAAUGCAGGACGCUAGCCCUACAAUGUUUCAGUUAUAUGUCGUCCUUAGUGAUUUUUUGUCAUAAUUCUCAGAUAAAAUGUUUGUGCAUAUUUUGACAUGUUUACGUGGAUUUAGACCUAUUUAGAAUUACUUGUUAUCAGAAUUAGGUCCAAGCAAUGAAUAAAACAGCGGUUUUCAAUGAUGAAAGACGUCAGUGCGUUAGUUAAUUCUUAUAUGGGUGCAUUUGUUUAUUUCUUGCGAAAUUAGAGAAGAUAUGUUUUAUUUAUUGCAAAGUGUUUUUUUCUGCAAUAAAUUUGUAACGAAACCACAGAUUAGCUAGCGCCCCUAAAGGGAAGCGAUAGGAUUGAAACACCGAAUUUCCUCCCCACCUCCCGCCAAAGUCCCAAUGUUCCAAAGUCAAUGGCCUGAGGGGUGAAAUUGCACGUGACUGUAAACCUUUAACUUCAGAAAGAGAUAAUAAUAGCGACCCAGAGGCUUUAAUUGAGCAUAGCAGUCUUCUGCUGACAAUGACCAUCUUUGUGUUUGAGGUGCAAGAUUUUGUUGAUAAUGUUACGGUUUUCACUCACCCAGACUUUUUUCACUGGCAAGAAGAGUGCUUUUGUUACACCACUUUUAAUGAUAAACAAAAGAUCUUCUCCCUUUGCCUUACGUCCGUUUUUUUAAAGUAGCAUUGUUCUAUUUUUACGACUUUUUUGUUCUUUAUACAUGUAUUUAUUGAAAAUAAAAUGUUUAUUUUGAACCUUCA